AAGGGAUGGCAACUAAGAAACCAUGCGCGGAUUUAACAAAAAGGAGCCGAAGUCCCGUCGUGCUGGAGGCUGAGAUGUUCAGCGAAUUUCAGGACUGGUGUCUCCGGACUUACGGAGACUCGGGUAAAACAAAGACCGUGACGCGCCGAAAAUACAACAAAAUCAUGCAGACCCUGCUACAGAACGAGGAGUCGGACGGUGUCUAUGUCGACAACAGCCACAUCAACGCCAAAUUCAAAUUCUGGGUGAAGUCCAAAGGCUUUCAGGUCGGCAGCAACAUCUUGGGCGAGCACAACAAGAAAGAGACAUCGGGGAAGCCCGUCCUGUACGUCCCUGUCAAGUCUACGUGUUCAGAUGGAGGGGCGGCCCAGGACAGCUCUUUGAAGCGGGUUGCUGUGGUGGAGGAUUUUUUUGAUAUCAUCUAUGCCAUGCAUGUCGAGAUGGGGGCAGAUCCCGGACGAGCACCCAAACACGCCGGCCAGAAAAAGACCUAUAAGGCGAUUGCAGAGACCUACGCAUUUCUUCCACGUGAGGCGGUGACCCGUUUCUUGAUGAGUUGUGGAGAAUGCCAGAAAAGGAUGCACAUCAACCCCAGCACAGCAGAGUUCAAAGAGAACGACCGGCCCACCUCUCUGGUCCCAGACCUCAUCGAUUACAACAUGCCUCUCACUGCCACCUAUCUAAAACAGAUGAAACUACAGUGCAUGAACACCAAUGAGCAGGAUGAGAGUUCGGUAAGCAGUGAGGAUUUGGACAUGGCUGAGCCCGCGUGGGUCUCUACUGAGCGUGCUCCAGCCGCAGAGCCCAGCAGCCCCACCGCCCCGUACACAGAGAGGAUGCCUACACCCCCACAGCCCAGCAUUAAAGAGGAAGAAGAUGAUUCCUCUUCAGAGAAUUGCAGCACAGCGAACGGUCUGCCUGCACUGACUCCGCCUGGCGGUGCUGCCAUGGCGACAGGAGGAGUUCCUGCAUCUGAGGGGGUGGUUCCAUACGGAGAGGUGAACGGUAAUGGUGCCGCAGCGCCGCUGGACUUCAGCACCACUUCAUCGUCCUCUUCCUCGCAGGAGGGACAGCAGCCUGUCAACCUGAGCGACAGACUCCCGCUCGGAUCCUACGCAUCAGACCCCAACAGAAAAUUCACUGUUAAAACGGAGUACGGUAACAAGUCCCCUCAGUACAGCUCAGGAAGCUAUGACUCUGUGAAGACGGAACUGAGCACGUGCGGGGAGGACAUGACCCCGGGCCGCUCACAGGUCAUAGACGAUGAUGACGACGAUCACGAUGACCAUGACGACAGCGACAAGAUAAAUGACGCUGAGGGCCUGGACCCUGAACGACUUAAAGCUUUUAAUAUGUUUGUGCGGUUGUUUGUGGAUGAGAACUUAGACCGGAUGGUUCCAAUCUCAAAGCAGCCCAAAGAGAAAAUCCAGGCCAUCAUCGAGUCCUGCAGCCGCCAGUUCCCAGAGUUCCAAGAACGUGCUCGCAAACGUAUCCGAACCUACCUCAAAUCCUGUCGCCGCAUGAAGAAGGGUGGCUUCGAGACACGGCCCACACCCCCUCACCUCACCUCCGCCAUGGCUGAGAACAUCCUUGCAGCAGCAUGUGAGAGCGAAACACGGAAUGCUGCUAAGAGGAUGCGCCUUGACAUCUAUCAGGCCCAUGAUGAGUCAGUUGCAGCAGACAAGCCUAACUCCAAAGAUCCGACUGCUCUGGCUAACUCAGGCUUCACACUGGCCGCCUCGGCCUACUCCCAGGACCAACUCUACACCAAUGGUGGACUUAAUUACAGUUUCCGUGGAUACGGGACCAUUGGCAACAGCCACCAAAACAAUGGCACAUCACAAACCAAUGGUCCCACUGAUCUCAGUAUGAAAUCUUUGGCAUCCAACAGCACUUCCUCCUCCAGUUCAAACAGUCAUGGUCAGGGUGGAGGGGGCGGAGGGGCAUCUGCCCAGCUCAGCCCGCCUGAGGUCACGGCUGUUCGGCAACUGAUUGCGGGUUACCGUGAGUCUGCGGCCUUCCUGCUCCGCUCUGCUGAUGAGCUCGAGAACCUCAUACUGCAGCAGAACUGAGAACUGCACACAGGCUGGUGCUGCCCGUCUCUCAUUAACACACACAUAAAUGCACAAUAUGACAGGAAAGAUACAUGUAGCUAUGUGCACUUACAUAUAUAUAUAUACACCUAAAGCCCAUAGGCGGAGUUUGAUACCACUUAGGGGGAGCAAAAUGGAGGGAUCAGAAGAAGCUGUAUCUGAAACGCACAUACAGGGUACAAAAUUAAGAACAUUUACCAGCCAUAAUAAUCUCAGGUUCACUGGCCAUGAACCUGUAUUUUGCAUACUUUUUUUUAAACAUAACGUUUUAUUUAAAUGUAAAUUAUUUAUUAUUAUUAUUAUUGCAUAUUUUCAGUAAAAGGCAAAGCACAGGUCAUUGUUUCACUUGCUGCACCAUAUAUUGGCCAAUUUAUAUAUGAAACGCUACCUCUCAUUAAAACUUUAAAGUAAUUAUGGGGUUCUUAGAUAAAAACCUUGAGGUCUAUCUUGCAGUGUAACCAUGAAUAACUGGUAACUUUAUUUGGAACGGCAACAUAAUACAUGGAUUUUAUUUUAAUAUUUUAUU